AUGUGUAAUUUUAUAAAAAAGGGUAUUAGGUUUAAUGGAGAUAAAUAUAUUUUCCUUUUUGAUAUAUUUAUAAAGAAAUAUUUAUUAAAUGUAUUCGUAACAAAUAUAUUAUGGGAAGACGAGAAUAAUAUAUGUUUUAUAAAUAGAUUAAAAAAUAAAAGAAAGAAAAGUAUUUUAUUUCUUAAAGAAGAAUAUUUACGAUAUUUAAUGAUAAUAAAUAAGGAAGAGAAGAAUAAAAAGAAACGAUUAAAAAAAAUAUAUGAAUGUAUAAAAGUAUUUUCUAUUAAAGAGUUUCGAUGGCUUAUCAAUAAGUUGGAAAUAAUAUAUUUUUAUUUUUUUUGUCAUUUAUUACUUUUAUGUAUUUUUCAAAAUAUUUUUUUACUUACAUACAUGAGUAAAGAAUAUUUUUUGAAGAACAUACAUGAUUAUAUGAUAAAUAUUUUAUCCAAUGAUAUUAAAUUUAAUACAUCAAUUGAAUAUACACAUAAUGAUAAGUAUGAACAAAAAUGUAUAACAAUGGCUUAUUAUGAUUUUCUUUUAAACAAGAAAGGAAAGUUAAAGAAGAGGAACAAAUAUUAUGAUAUAAAAAAUAUAGAACCUUUAUCAGAAAAAAAUAAGAAUUUGUAUUCUUAUUAUAAUUUUUCACCUGUUUUUCCUUCUAUGUCUUCAUCAGAUAUAAUAAAUGUUAAUAGAAAUGAUAAAAUAUCAAAUAUUUUAUGGAAUGAUAAAUAUAUUCAUCCAUUAAACCAUGACAAUAUGAAAAAAAAGAAUAUCCCCCUAAAUAUUAAUAGUAAUAUUCUUAUGAAUAAUUAUACAUACAGAAAACAUAUUAGGAAUUAUAUGAUUAAAAAGAGAAUAAAUGAUCUGAUUUUAUAUAAUUUGAAGAAUAUAUUUGAAAAAAUAAAUAAUAUUGAGAAAUUAACAAAUAUAAAUAAUUUUAUGAAUUUUAAAAAGGAAUAUGAAAAGAUUUUCAAAGAAAUAUAUAAUAAUAGUAAUUAUGAUCCUAGUGACUAUAUGUUAUUAUUAUCUAAUAAUUCGAAGGAACAUAUUUUAUAUAAUAAUAUAAAUAAUGAUGAAUAUAUGUAUAAAAAGUUUUGUAAUUUUAUUUCACAAGUAAAGGAAAAAGAAAAUAAAGAAGGAAAAGAUAAUAUCGAAGAAAAAGAUAAUAACGAAGAAAAAGAUAAUAAUGAAGAAAUAGAUAAUAACGACGAAAAAGAUAAUAAUGAAGAAAAAGAAGGAGAAAAAUACGAUGAAGAAGAUAAUUAUAUGGAUGCUAACGAGUGGAACCAUAAGAAAUUUGAACGUUAUAAUAAUAUUUAUCCGAGUGACCAUAAAUAUUUUUUAAGUGAGGGUGAAAACUAUGAUACUUCCUUCUAUUCAAACAAUCCAAUUAAUUUUCAUAAGAAUGAUAUAUAUGAGAAUGAUAUGGAUGAAGGAUUAUAUUAUAGCUCAUAUUAUAAUAAUAAUGAUAUAACAUAUAAUAGUACUAUUUAUAAAAGAAUGUUAAACGAAGUUGUCCAUCCAACACUCGAGAGUAACGAUGUGAAGAAGACAUCAUUAAAUAAUGAUAAUAUAAAAAAUAAAGAAUCUAAUGUUUAUGAAAUUAAUGAUAUAAUAUAUCAAUUAAAUGGUGAUAAAAAAAUGAACACCAAUAUGUGUGAAAAAAGAGGAAAUAAAAUUUUUGAUUCAAAUAAUUUUAAUAAUAUUAAUGAAAAGAAGAAGAAAAUAUUAGAUGAAAAUGAAAUGAUAGCAAUUGAUAAUAAUAUAGAUAAGAAAGAUAAUAUUUUAUUUCCGUAUGUUCAUAUGGAUAUAUUAAAAGAUAAUGAAAUGAAUAUAACCAAAUAUUAUAAAGAUAAACAGUAUUACGGUCAAUAUAAGUAUGAUGAAAAUAUAUAUAUAUAUGAUUUGAUUGUAUUAGAUACUUCUGGAUAUAUAUACAAAGUAUCGACAGAUGGGAAUUAUUACUGGAAACAAAAAAUUGUAGAUCAUAUACAAGACUAUUCAAAUAUUGAAGAAAAAGAUGAUGAACAGAAGGUAUUGAAAAAAAGAAAUAAAUUAAAAGAAAAUGACAUACAUGAAAGUAAUAAUAAUAAUAAUAGUAAUAAGUAUGAAAAUAAUAACUACUAUAUGAAUGUAAAUGAUAAAAAUAAAUAUGAUAAUGAAAAUAAUGACAUUAACAUUUCGGAUAGUACUAAAGUGCAUGCAAACAAUUAUGUAUUAAAAAAAAAUGCUUAUGGUAUUAAUUAUGAUUCAAAAAGAGCUUUAAAAAUAUCUCCUUAUCAUGAUUAUUUUAAUACAUCCAUUAUAAAUGCUAUUAAUAAAGAUAAAUUAAAAGGAUCUAAAUCAUUAUAUAGGAAGAAUAUAAAAACAAAUGAUGAUAAUAAAAAAAUAAGAGAAAACAAAAUUAAAGGCAAAAGAUUAGUUUCAAAUUAUUUAGGUAAUUUAUUUUAUAUAAAUGAAAAUAAUGAAGUUAUACCAUUAAAUAUAAAUAUUAAAGAUGUUGUAAAUAAUUCUCCAUUUAAAUCCCCUUUGUUUCCAAACAUGAUAUUUAUUGGUUCAAGAGAAUCGACUAUAAUUAAUUUAGAUUAUGACACCGGUAAGGUACUAAGAAAAUAUGAUGAAGCAUCUAAUGAAUUGUUAGACAAACAAAAAAGAAAAAAAUACAGAAAAAAUAAAAUUAUAAAAAAUGUAAAACAUAUAAAUGAUGAUAUGAAUUUAUAUAAAGAAGAUAGUCCAAAUGUAGAGGAUUUAUCCUUUACAGAGGAUGGGAAGAAAAAGGAAAGUGUUUUAGAAAGUGAGAAAAUAGAAAUGGAAUCUUCAAAUAAUGAAGGGAAUAUGAAUAAAGGAUUUGUUUGUGAAAAGGAUGAUAAUAUAAAUAAUUAUGAUAAUGAUGAAGAUGAUGAAUUGUAUGAACAAUAUGAAGACAACAAUGAUAAUAAUAAUAAUAAUAAUGAUAAUAGUUAUGAUUACAAUAUUAAUAAUAAUAAUAAUAGGGAUGAUAUAUUAAUACAUUCAAAAAAUGAAUUAUUAAAUAAUACAUAUGCAAAUAAAACAAAUGUAAAACAUGAAAACUCAAAUAAUAAUGAAUCAUUUUUUAAUAAUAUUGAUGGGAUGGAUAAUUUUAAAUUGCUACCAAAAAUAAAUAUGAAGAAAAAGAGAAAAAAGGAUCUAUUUAAAAGACUUGUGAUAAGUACAAAUAAAAUGAGUAUGUUAUUGAAUAGACACCGUUUAUUUAAUCGUAGUUUAGAAAGAAUGAGAAGAAGUAUUAAAAGAGGAGAGAAUAAAAGAAUAUUAAAGAAACGUCAAUUACAAAUAAGUUUAAUAAAAUGGGUAAUCAAAGCAGUAGAUGAGAAUACAUUAAAAAAGAAAUGGAUAACAACUUGGGUUGAUGUUGGAUCUAUAUUUAUGACAGAUGUACAUAGUCACGAUGCUUCAUUUAUAAAUUCUUUAAUUGAAAUUGUUGGUAAUAAAUUAAUAUUAAGACCAAUAGAAAAGGACAAAAUGAAAAGUACUACAUAUCAAUCUUUAAAGAUUAUGAAUAAUGACACUGAUGAAAUGCAAAUGUAUGGAGAUAAGGAUAUGCAAUAUGAAGUUAUUAAUAAUGUGGAUAAUAUGGAUAAUAUAAACAAUAUGAAUAAUAUGAAUAAUAUAAACAAUAUGAAUAAUAUAAACAAUAUGAAUAGUAUAAACAAUAUGAAUAAUAUUUUCAGUGAUAGUUUAAAAAAUACAAUUAAUAAUAAAGAUGAUUCAAACGUGAAAUCUAAAAUAUUUAUCUUUUCAGAAUCCAUAUCAUCCGUUUUUGCAGUAAAAUAUAAAAAUAUAUCAAAUAUAUUCACAUUAGAUAUUAUAGCUAAACCCAAUAUAAAAUUAUACAGUGAUUAUGAUAAUUUGAAUAAUUUUACUUUUAAUCCUGUACAUGUAAAAAAAGAGAAGACACUCCUUUUACCGUUUUCUAAGGACUUAUCUGAUUUAGAUGGAGAUAAAUUUUCUUGCAGUUUUGAAGAUAAUAUAAUAUAUGGUAAAAAAUUAAUACAUAGGUUAAAUAGUAUAUCUGUAAAUAUUUCGUCUAUAGAAAAAGAUAUGAAAUAUUUAUUAUCAAAUAUCAUAUAUGUAUAUGAUAAGAAUAAGAAGAUUCCAAUACGUUAUAUAUAUGAUAUGAAGAAUUUAAUAUAUGAAUAUCAAAAGGUUAAACAAGAAUUUUUAUAUCAUUUACCUUGGGAUGAAGAAAAUCAGAAAUAUUUAAGUCGAACGGAUAAUGUAUUGAAUAAUAGUAUAGUAGAUAAUAGAGGAAGAAAAGGUCCAAUUUUUAUAUGUGAAUAUAUAAACAAAUUUAUGGAUUUAUAUUUUGAAGAAAAUGAUAUUUGUUAUGAUUAUUGUUCUAUGUUAAAUAUUUGGGAUAAAAUUUUUAAUAAUACAGUUAAUGAUGGAGAUAUUCUAUUAUUAUCAAAUUUGCAUCGUGUUGUUCAUAAUGCUUUUAAAAAUAAUAAUAAUAAUAAUAAUAAAUAUGAUAACAAUAUUAAUUUUGACAAUAUUAAUUAUUAUAAUUCUUAUUAUAGUAGUACUAGUAAAAGUCGUAGAAAUAUUUAUAACAUUGAUAAUUAUUAUUAUAAUAUGAGAGAUUAUAAUACUUUGUGGGAAGACAGACAUAAUACAUUAAUGAAUGGAGAAAACUUUUUAAUUAAUAGAAGUACGGAUAAGGUUUUUUCAGGUGGUAAAAAUAAUGAACUGAAAGAAUUUACAUCUAUUAGAUAUAAGAGAAGAAGAUGGUACUGGCGAGUAUUUUAUACUAUUAUGUUCAUAAUUUUUUUCCCAGUAUUAUUUAUAUAUAGAAGAAUUAUUAAAAGAAGAAAAGAUACUAAAGCUAAUAAAAUAGGUACAAGUAGUAAUAAUAAGUUGAUGAAAAGAAAUCGAACUUUUAAAGAUUAUGAAGAUGAUGAUGAUGAUGAUAUUAACAAUAAUAAUAAUAUAAUUAGCGAAGAUGAAGAAGACGAUAUAGAUAUGAAUUAUGAUUUAAUAUUUGAUGAUGAUAGAUUAAAAGUUAAAAAAAUAAAACAAAUGAGAAAAAAUCACAAUAAUAAUAAUAUUAAUAGUGGUAGUAGUAGAUUUAUAUCCAAAUUAAGAAAUAUAAAUUUACCUAAUAUCGAUUUAGAUUUAAUUAAAAAAAGUCAUGCGAAAAAAAUGGAUACUUUUGAACAGCCAACUCUUGUUGACAUUUUAGCUAGACAUGCAAGAGAUACUACACAUAAUGAUGGUGGAUCUUAUUAUCCUUUUAAUGAAAAUCAAACGUAUAAUAUGUUAUCAUUAAAUUAUGGUUGGGGUGGUAAUAAUAAGCAUAUGAAUAUUGAAAGGCCGUCAGAAUAUAAUAUGGGUAAUAUAUCUCAUGAGUUAAAUUAUAACAGUAUAAGAACUUUAGGUGAUAAUAAUAAAAUAUCACCAUAUGCAUUAGAUAUAUAUGAGAAAGAAUUAUUUCAUUUAUAUAGAAGAAGGGCAGCAUCUCAGGAUGUAAUGAAUAAAAAAUCAUUUGUUAUGAAAAAACGGAUACGUAGUAGUUAUAAAGUUGGUAGUAGCAAUAAAUAUCAUAAGAAAAAUUAUACAGAUAAUGAAAAGGAUAAGAAAAAAUAUGGUAGUUAUAAAGAAAAGCAUAUAAAUGAAAAAAUGUUUGAUAAAAAAGAAUUUCUAAACUUUUUAACAAAUUUUAAUAAGAAGUUUAUGAAGAAAAAUUCUUUGGUAGAUCAUUUAAUAAAGAUGAAUGAUAAGACAGAAGAUAAUUAUGAUGGUUAUAAUAGUAGUGGUAGUAAAUAUAAUAAUAUGAAUGAUGAUGACGAAAUGUGGGGAACUAAAAGGUAUACUACUAAUAAAAAUAAUAAUACUGAUUAUGACAAUAAUAAUAAUAAUAUUAUGAAAAAUAAAAAAUAUUCAAAUAAAAAAUAUAAUAAUAAUAAUAAUAAUAAUAAUAACCAUAUUGAUGAUAAUAACAAAUAUGUAGAUGAUAGGAAAUAUCGAAAUAAAAGUAUAAAAGAAGAUAUGGAUUAUCCAAAUGAUUAUUAUAAUAUACAAUCAAAUAAUAAUAAAAUAAAUAACAAUCAAAUAAAAAAUAAAAUAGAUACUAUUAGAAAUAAUAGUCAUGAUAAAUUAGGUAAUAAUAAAAGUUCAAGUGCUAGGAAUUUGUCUUUAAUACAAACAUCUCAUAUACCAUAUGAUGCUCCAUUAGCAGAUUUUUUAGAAAACGGAAGAUUUUUAAGAACAUUCGAAAAUAUUUCUUUAAUAGGGCAAGGAGGAUUUGGUUCUGUCUAUAAAGUAUCACAUAGAUUAGAACCUGGAUCUCCAACAUAUGCAGUUAAAUUUAUUUAUUUAAAAGUAAGUUCAUUAGAUAAUGUAAGUUCAAGAAGAUAUUUUCGUGAAAUCGCAGCUAAUAGAGAUAUAUAUAGUAAACAUGUUGUUCGUUAUUAUACAUGGUGGUGUGAAGAACCUCAAUUUUUGCCUAUGCAUCUCAUGCCAAAAGAAAUUCAAAACUUAGUAAAAAAGAAUAAAGAUACGUUUAAAAAAAAGCUUACUAAAAAUAAAAAGUAUAAUAACAAUAAUAUAAGUGAUAAUAAUAAUAAUAAUAAUAAUAACAAUAAUGAUAAUAAUAGUAGUUGUUAUAGUCUUAGUAGUUAUAAUUCUAGUAUUAAUAGUAAUUAUAAAAAUAUGAAAUUAUGGAUAAGCAAGAAAGAAAAUUGUACUGAUAUGAAAAAAUAUAAAGACGUUAUCAAAAAGAAUAAUGCACCUAAUUUAAUUUUUUAUAGUGAUAAUGAUGGAUUAACAUCUAAGAAUAAGGAAAAUCCUGAGAAAAAGCAAAAUCCAUUUUUGAGUGAUAAAAAUUUUUCGGAUUCUAUAUAUAAAAAGAAAAAAAGUCACGAUUAUAAUUCAUCUAGCCACAAACUGAAGAAGAAAAAAAACAAGAAAAAAAAAAGUAAAAAAAAAAGAAAAAGUAAAAUAAAAACAAAUGCUCAAGGAAUAUAUGAGGAAAGUGGACAAGAUGAUGGAAGAGUUCAUUUUCAAUAUAAAACAGGAAAAGAACAUUUGUCCAAAUUUAUAGGAAAACAUAAUUCAAUGGGAUUUACACAAAGUUUUCAAGAAUAUGAUCCUUUUGAUAAUGGUUAUUUGAGUGAAGAAGAUAGAGAUCUUAUAGUCUUUGCUGAUAAUGAAGAAACAAAUGAAAAUGCUAAUAAUAUGAAUAAUGAAAAUAUGGAUUUAAAAAAUGACAACGAAAAUAAUGUUGUGAAUGAUAUAAAUGAAUGUGAUGAUAAAAAAAACAAAGAUGAUAAUUUAUUAAUGAAAGAAAAAGUUAAUAGUUUAACAAGAAACGGUAUUGUAAAUAUUGAGAAUGAAAAACCAGCUCUUCAUUCUAUUAAUAAUAUUAAAAAUAAAAAGGUUGAUUUAAAUGGUGAAUUAACUUAUUAUGAUUACAUAGGAAAGAAUGAAAUAAUACCAAAUUCUCGAACUGAAACUAAUGUUGAAAGUUUUCAUACUAAUGGUAUUUUGAAUCCUAAAAUUUCUGUUAUGGAUGAAGAAGGAGGAGAAUAUAAGAAAAAAGAAAACAGAAACUGGGGCGAUACAAAAAGUGAUGGUUUAUAUGGAAAAGAAGAAAAGAAUGGUUUAGAUAUUAAUAAAUGUAUAACAAAUAAAUUUAUUGAAAAUGACAAUGAUAAUAAUAAUAAUAAUAAUAAUAUAGAUGAAAAUAAAAAAGAUAUAAAAAAAAAACAAAAAAAAAAAGUGAAUACUAAAGGUAAUGAAAAUUUGUUAGCAAUAAAUGAUACAAAUAAUAAAGAGAAAAGAAAGAAAGAUGAUGAUAUAAAUAAAAAUAUGGAAAAAAUAAAAUCAUAUAAAAAGAAAACACCAGUUCCUGAAUUUUCUAUAGUGUUAUUAUUACAAAUGGAAUUAUGUAAAGGAUAUACAUUACGUAAAUGGUUAGAUAGAUCUAGUCGAAGUGAUAAACCUUUACAUUUUACUUAUGGUGAUAAAAAAAUGAAUCAUCCAUUAGAAUUUGACUUAUUUAAACAAUUAAUUAAGGGUCUUAAAGAUAUUCAUGCUACAUGUUUUAUUCAUAGGGAUUUAAAACCUGAAAAUAUUUUUGUAGAUCCUGAUACGUAUACAUUAAAAAUUGGAGAUUUAGGAUUAGUACGAUUUAUUGAAGAGAAAAAAAGAGAAAAGGAUUUUAACAAUAUUGAUUGUUAUAAGGAUAAUAUAUAUACAGAUAUUAAUCAAAAUGCAAUAACUAGCCAAAUUUCUAUAAAAGGACAAAUUAUAGGAACACCUGGUUAUACAGCUCCUGAAGGUGGAGCUUUAUGUGAUGAAAAAGCGGAUAUAUAUAGUGCAGCUUUAAUAUUAUUAGAAUUAUUAUGUCCACGUUUUACAACAAUUAUGGAAAGAUAUAAAAGAUUAAAUGAUUUCAGAAAUUAUUAUACAGUACCUGAUUAUGUAAAAAUUCAUUUAAAUCCUUGGUAUAUUUUAAUGUUACAAAUGUCAAAACCUAAUCCAGCAGAUAGACCAUCAGCUGCUGAUUUGUAUAGUAAAAUUAAAGUAUUACUAGAUCCUCACUUGACUGAUUUUGCAUUUAGUUUUAACGAUAUUCAUAAUGAGCAUAUGAACAAACCACCUCAGACAGCUAAUCACUUUGAAAGAACAUCAGACAAUAAGGAAAAAUUUAUAAUGCAAAGUGUGGAGAUGAAAAAUAAAGUAGAAAAUGAAGAAAUGCUACCUAUUAUAAAAGUAAUAAAUGACAAUGUGGAGAAUGUAAAAAAUGAGAAUACUGGUGCAGACAAAUUGUGA